AUGACGCUGACGCGGCGUGACCAAAAGUCCCUCGCUGUCUGCGGACACGAUGGGGAAGGGCUCUGCGCCUUGGCCUGGGUCUGGCACUGGGGAACUCCCAGGGCGAAGCUGACAGAGGGAAAAGUUUCGCUCGAACGCCGCCGCGUAAGCCAGCGGCGCGUGAGUCACUCUUCUGAGAAGGGUUCAAAAUUGGGAUCUUCUCUCCAUUUACCAGCACCACAGGAUGUGAGGGUUUAUUCCUAUAACUUUCGUAGCUCGUUGAGAUGGUCUCCUGUUAAAGUGGAUGGAGGGCCGGUGUUGUAUACAGUACAUUUUAAAACGGGAGCCUUUAACCAGUGGGAUGAGAUGAACUGCACCCAUAUUAGCAGGACUGAAUGCCGCUUCCCGCAGCUCCUGAACGAACCGCGCUGGACUGUCACUCUGCGUGUGAGGGCCGAGCUGGGGCCAGCGGUUUCUGACUGGGUGGAGUCAGAGCCCUUUGUGGCAGAGAGAAACACUACUCUCGGACCCCCUCGAGUGAGCAGCGUGCCUGAGGCUCAGUCCUCUGACUCGCUUCUCAUUAGCAUCACACCCCCUAUUGCAUCGAGGCGAGGGGACUCUCUGCUGUAUCAUGUGUCCUACUGGGAGAACUCAACAAGUGCUAUGAAAAAAGAGAUGAGCACGAGCAAUACGCUAUUCAAAAUUACAGAUCUCAAGGAGUCGACACUAUAUUGUUUCACAGUGCAAGUAGAAUUCAUGACACUGUCAGAUUUCAAGAUACUUGGCCUGCCAAGUGCCCCACAGUGUUACAGUACUACCAUCAGUGUCGGCUUGUUUUUUAUAUGGAGAUACCACAACACAAUAAAAUAUUGGUCUCGGCCACCUUUCAAAAUCCCAUCGCACUUUGAAGAGGUAUGUGUAGACUUUCUGUUUUCCCCCAUUCCUUCCCCCUGCACAAGGCAGUGGUGA